AAGAUGAUUAUUUUAAUUUUUUUAAUUGUUGCACACUUUCCAACUUCACAGCCAAGUCCUCACGUCAUCGUGAUCUUCUUCUUUAUCAAUCCCUUUCCUAUUUUUCCAUUACAAAAACACCCUUCCCUUAGUCUGCCAGAACCGAAAUCCGAAUCGAUCGACAAUGGAGUCCGUAGCUGAUGCCAGUCGACGAAUUUCCAGAAUCUCUUCUCAUCUUCUCCCUCCCAACAUCCAGAUGGAAGGUUGUGGUUUACGUCGGGAGAAUUGCCGUGCUAAAGGCGCCGCGCCGGGAUUCAAGGUUGCGGUUUUGGGAGCCGCUGGUGGCAUAGGGCAACCUCUGGCCAUGUUGAUGAAGAUGAACCCUUUGGUAUCGGUGCUUCAUCUGUACGACGUCGUUAAUAGCCCUGGCGUCACUGCUGAUAUCAGCCAUAUGGAUACUGGUGCUGUGGUGAGGGGAUUCUUAGGUCAGUCUCAGUUAGAAGAUGCCUUGACAGGAAUGGACCUUGUAAUCAUUCCUGCUGGUGUUCCCCGGAAACCUGGAAUGACUAGGGAUGAUUUGUUCAAUAUCAAUGCUGGCAUUGUGAAGACUCUUUGUGAAGGAAUUGCAAAAUGUUGUCCAAAUGCUAUUGUUAACUUGAUCAGCAAUCCUGUUAACUCAACGGUACCAAUUGCGGCUGAAGUUUUCAAGAAAGCUGGUACUUUUGAUCCAAAGCGCCUUUUGGGAGUUACCAUGCUUGAUGUUGUUAGAGCUAAUACUUUUGUGGCAGAAGUUUUGGGCCUUGAUCCUAGGGAUGUUGAUGUUCCCGUAGUUGGAGGUCAUGCAGGGGUUACAAUCUUACCUCUUCUGUCUCAGGUUAAACCUCCAUGCGCUUUUAAUGCUAAAGAAAUUGAUUACCUUACAAACCGCAUUCAAAAUGGAGGAACUGAGGUCGUCGAGGCAAAAGCUGGAGCCGGAUCUGCAACAUUGUCCAUGGCUUAUGCUGCUGUCAAGUUUGCCGAUGCAUGUCUCCGUGGUUUGAGAGGAGAUGCUGGCAUUAUCCAGUGUGCUUUUGUGGCUUCUCAGGUGACUGAGCUUCCUUUCUUUGCAUCGAAAGUAAGGCUUGGCCGCAGUGGAGUGGAGGAAGUACACCCUCUUGGUCCCCUGAAUGAGUACGAAAGAGAUGGCUUGGAGAAGGCAAAGAAAGAGUUAGAAGCAAGCAUUCAGAAGGGAGUUUCCUUCAUCAGGAAAUGAGUGAAUGCAAAACAUAAAAAUUUCAUGUUUGAUCUGUGUGGUCUGGUCUGGGGGUAUUCUAUUCUGGCUUUUACACUCACAGUGAUGGAAAAUAAGUUGAAAAAUAAGCCCUUUGUUGUAUAACAAAAAUAGAGGUAUUUAUGGAAAUGGUAGGAGAGAAAAGAAAAAGAAUAAGAAUAACAAGUGUAGUUUGUCCGAAUGCUGAUGUACCAACAAAUAUUAGAACUUGUGUAUUACAUGAUUGAUUUCACAGAAUGAAUAGAUAGGUGAGAUUUCCACAGUUA